AUGGUGCCGGCUGAGCUAGCUGAGAUAACAAAUCUCUCCCUUCAUAUUGAGAGAUCUCAAAGCGGCUACUAUUUAUUAUUCAUCAUGUCGAGACGUGAAUGGCUUCAAUUUCAUAAUAUUGUUGGGUUAUUCGUCCAAAAUAUUUCCAUUAACUUGCCCCUAACCCCGAAGCUCGGAUCCGAGGGCACCCCAUUCGAAACUCCCAGCUCCAACUUCACUUCAUCAUUCCACAAGCAGCAUGGCUUGCCCCAUCUAAGCGCUCACCACCUUCUCCUGCGACAUAAGAGGAGCGAGCUGAAGCCUGAAGUCACAGGCCACGACUUGUGCCGCAUCUCCUCCUGGCUUCAUCAAUACACCCCACCCGUCCCAAAUGGACUGCAUCACACAUCAGAAGGCAAUCAUCUUGUGGCCAGUGACUUGUCACUAAUUGUUCCUGGCGUUGCUGUUACCCUCUCAAAACUCAAAACUCCACCAAACACCUAG